GGCGUCCUCAGCCCCACCCACCACACUGUAGGCAUUUCCUUCCCUACAGAGGGAACCGGACCCAGGCUCUGGUUGUCAAAUGCAGACAUGGUGCCCCUGCUGCUGCUGCCCCUGCUGUGGGGAGGUUCCCUGCAGGAGUCACCAGGAUACGAGCUCAGAUUGAAGGAAGACGUGACAGUACAGGAGGGUCAGUGUGUCCAUGUGCCCUGCUCCUUCUCCUACCCCUGGAGUUCACGGUCUCCCCCGUUUGAACUCUACAUGUACUGGUACCGGAGUCGGGACAACAUACGCCAAAGUUACCCUGUGGCCACAAACAACCCGCGUGUACCAGUGAGGCCUGAGACCUCGGGCAGAUUCCGCCUCCUUGAGGACCCGACGACCAACAGCUGUUCCCUGAACAUCAGCAACGCCAGGAUGAGCGACACAGGAAGCUACUUCUUCCGAGUGGAGAGAGGAUAUAGUGUGAAAUAUAAUUACGGAGAUAAGAAGCUGAAUUUGCAGGUGACAGGUAUGGCAGGGUCCAGAACAGGACAUGGACAUGGGACCCCCGUUUUAGGACAGGAACAGAAGACAGGAACACUCCCUGUCCAGGCCUAGGGGUGGGUGGUGGGAAGAGACACAGGACCUGGGGUGAGCUCAGGCCCUGAGGCAUGGGUCCCUCUCAGGGUCACAC